AUGACCACCACAGCAACCCCAUCACCAACAACCCUCCCCGCCCCGCAUCUCCGCACCACCGCCCUCCUCGCCUUUGUCCCCGCCCUCCCGCUCUGUGUCACACACGGCGCCCUCUCCCGCGACAUCGUCCCCGCCCUGGGGCUGGUCCCGCUAUUUUUCUCGGCGGCCGUGUCGUUUGGGUUUGGUGUUGAGUGCUCGGAGGAGGUCGAGUUCAAGCGCUCGUAUGGGGGUGGGGAUGGGGGGGCUGGGUCUGCUUCUGCUUCUGCUGCUGCUGCUGCGGGGGGGAGAGGUGGGGAGGAGUGGGAGGAGGAAGUUGGGGAGGAGAGUGGGCUUGGGCUUGGAGUAGGGGAGGAGGAGGAGGAUGAGGAUGGAGGGGAGGCGGGGUUUGCGGUGUUUCUGAUACACUCGUACCUCGCCGCACGCGAGCUUGUCGCUGGUCUGGCCAUCCCGGGUCUCGUUGAGUACACAGCGUGGCGCGUCGUGCCUGCGGAUUGCCCACACUGCGGACACCGGCUGCGGCCCGACUCGUUGCCACCCAUUCCGUGGUACGAGACUGUCUCCCGGCCGAAGGUGUCGCUCCCGCGGAUCGCGGCGCCGUCCAUCCCCCGACCGUCGCUCCCAUCCUUCAGCGUGGGCUUCAAGGGACCCCGCGAGUGGAAGGUCCCGAACUGGAUGAGGGGCAGGAAUGCAGAUGCCAGCCUCUUCAUCGACGAUGAGCAGAACGAGCGCGAUCGGUACAGGGACGACCCUGACGCGCCGUUCGAGGGGCCGCCAAGCACAACUACCGCGGUUGCCACUGGAUCUGCGGGCCCUGGUCCGGUAGAGGAGGUUGUAGUAGGAAAGAAAGAUAAGAAGACGAGGGGCUCCUCAACCCCGGCACAUGUUGACGACGAGGUGGCUAUCUGGUAG